AAGCAACCCUGAGGUUUCCACACAUGUGAAUCACCUUUUACAGUCAGUUGCUGCCCACUGCCUGCUGUAGAUGUUUUCCCAGAGGAAGGAGGACAGAGGAACUGGAUACUUGGCAGCAGGGGCUGUUGAGGGGAGGAGAAGGUUGGUGAAACUCCCAGAUUUGUGUACUUAAAGGGAGAGUGAGUGCUCAGUGGAGACGAGACCCACACUUGAACUGCCCCAACACAGCUGGAGAGAGACAGAGAGAGAGGGAAGGAAGGGGAAGGUAGUUUCAAAAUAGAAGGCGUCGCUGAAAUAACAGUGAGAAGGUUUUGGGCUGAGCUUUUGCAGAAUUUAGGAUGGCAUUUGAGAGAGGAGGCCAGAGCAGGCAGAGCUACCUCAGUCUCUGAACACCAAUGGAGGGAGAGAGCUCUGAUGCUCCCCUGACUGUGUGAUGUGGCCACGGAGAAAGUAACCAUGGCAGACUCCUUUCUCCCCAUGCCCUGUGUGCCACAGAGGGCCAAGCCCCAGACCCUGCAACCUGGCAUGGAAGACCAACCCUCCUCCAGCCCCAGCCCGGAGCCUGCCACCUCAACCUCAACCUCUACCCCCACCUCGCCCUCCCCAUGCCCCCUCAGCCAGCUCCUGCUCCAGCAGCAGCCCGGGCCCCCGAGCUCGGCUGUGUCGGCCCUGCAGUCCAAGGUCAAGGCCCUGUCUGAGCGCAACAAGGCUGCAGGGAGGGAGGCGUUCAAGGGAGGCAUGGAUAAGAAGGCCUUUCCUGUGUCCUCUUCCCUAUUCGGUCCUGUCCUGGUGAGCUGGGGCUCCAGUAGUAGCGACGACGAUGCAGAUUCCCAGGGUUCCACUCUCCACCCAGUGGUGCCAGACAGCCUGAUGGAGGGGGCGGGGACGGGUGGGUUGGACUUCAGCCUGCUAGCGCUCCCACGUGGGCUGGGCGAGGGCUCCAGCCUGGAGAACCUGUCUGACGUUAGCACCAACGCUAGUCCCCUGGAGGAUAAUGUUAGCGCCGCUAAUGCGUCUAAACCCUGGGUCCCUCCCAAGGGGUUCUGGAAGGCCACCAGGCCUGAAACGCUACUGCUGAACGGAGACACGCCUCCGGCCCCAGACAGACCUUUGGCCGGGGCCCCUGGGGGCCAGCAAAGGAAAGCCAGGGGCCACGGCGGGGUGGGCAGGGAGCUGCUACGCCGUGACAGCCUGGAGGGUCUGAGGCGGUGUAUGGGCGAGCUGGGGCCCGAGGGGCCAAUGGGGGGCUUGUGGAGGGCUGACAGCCUGGAGAGUCUGUGCAGCAGUGGGAGUGCCAUUUCUCUAGCAGAGAGAGUGGAGAUGAAUCGGGGCAUCCUCAAGCAGAUGCUGAACAAGAGCCAGGGACCAGAGCCAGGGAGCCUCAGCCCUGUGCUCUCUGGAGCCUCGGCCCUCUGCUCUCUGGAGAGAGAGCAGAGGGCCGAGGAGGUGACCCAGUGCAAUGGGAGAGGUUUCAUUGCCCUGAAUGACAGUGACUGGGAUUCAGGCAUCUCCCUCCAAGACAGCGAGCACAGCCAAAGGGCCUUUGUGUCCAGCGAGGACCUGCCGCUGAGUCCACGCCAUGAGCAGGCCAAGCGGCUCCUGGAGAGAGCCCGCAUGAAGGCCCGGUCCUAUCCACUCAAGGCCGACCACACCAUCCUACCCGUCCAGAGGGACAACCCGGAGCAGCUGUCCACGGCUGGAGCUUCCUUGCACCGGGCUCCGCUGGCGGGGAAGGGCGGCCAGUCGGUGUCGUCAGCAACGGUUCCUGCGGUUACCUCGUUGUCGGGGAACCUCAGUGACUCCUCCAGCAGCGACUCGGCCUGUGGCCCCCGCCGACGUCCUGGCCAAUCACCGACGCGGGUCCGCUUCGAGGACGAAUCGGAGAAAGACGCGGAGGUGCGCUACUUGGAGAGGCUCCGUCAGAGGAGGAGGGCGGGUGAGAGGGCCCAGGGUCUGCUUAUAUCCAAGCCCAACCUCUCUUCCUAUGUCAACGGGCGGAGGGACACUGAUCCAGGAACUGGAAUAGUGAUCGAGCGAGGGCACAAGAAGGCCCACAGGGCACAGGAGGGCCACUUAAACGGUGGCAGCCAUUUCAAAUCCGUGGUGGCACACGAGGAGGCGCUUAACAGGCAGUGCAACUCGUGCGGGACGUUCCUGGAAGGAGGGGUCCAGAACCCGAACCUCCAUCCAAACUUUUCACCCCUGAACCUGAACCUCCAUCCGAACCCUUCACCCCCAGUAGGGCAGAGCCAUCCGGUGAACAGAGAGGGGGAGGAGAAGGUGCUGAUGCCUUGCUGGGUGGCUCCCAGCAAGCCCAGCCGGACAGUUCGUACCGAGCUGAUCAAGGAGACAUACAUUGGUAAGGUAACCCCUGGCGAUGUGGCAGAUAGCGAAGGGACGGGCCACGGCUCGGCGGGAGAGACGGACAGCAGCAGUGGCGGUGGAGGUGGUGGGAGUGUUCGAGUGUCAACAAUGAAGGUGAAGAGGAGGAGUAGGAGAGGUGAGCUUUUGGGCACCAAUGGCCAAGGAGCACCCAUCAAGGUGCCACCAACUCCACCAGCACCCAGGCCCAAUGGUAUUGUGGUGCCGCCCAACCCGUACCCCAUUGAGCAACCAGUAUCAAAGAUGGUGGGUUUGCCCACUCACUCCCCUGCACCCCCAGAUGAUCCCACAAACAGUCCCCCGUGCAUCAAGAGCUCCCCCUUUCCCCCUUCCCCAACGCCCAUCAAAUCAGCUCUGAAAUCAGGACCCAAGAGCCGGCCCAAUGGCCAGCGAAUGGUCAAACUCAUGCCUUCACCACAGUACCGCCUUUUGCCCCAGAACUCCCUGGAGGACCAAGGGAGAGGGGCUGCGCCCAGCCCCCAGAACGAGCACUCUGUCGGGGGGAACUUCGUGGAGUAUGGUUCCUCUUUGGGGCUGACUUCCAGCACCGACACGAUGAUGCCCUGUAUCAGGCCUGCUUCCCUGCUGAAGACCUCCCCAUUGCUAGCUAGGACAGCAGUAGAGAAGAUGGGGGACCCUGCAGCACCAGAAGUGGAGCAGCAUCAUCCAGGGAUGGGAGAGCUCUGUCUGGAAGGAACCAGCAUCAUUACCCCGCCCCCGUACCGCUCUGAGGGUGACGUACGGGUCAGGGGACCAAUGAGAGCAGAGCAUCAAAGGGAGGAUAGCCCUAGUCCAACUCAGAGGGUAAGGGCAGAGACAGAGCAGCGGGAAGGCAGGUCCAAGCUCUCUCUGCAUCGUUUCUUCUCCGCCAUCGGCCUAAAUGGAGUUGGGAAGCUGCUUAAAGGGCGCUCCAGUAGCAUGGAGCAGCUUAGCCUCCAGCCCCGUGGCGUCCCCCCAGCCUCUCCUGGCCCCACCUCCACCCCCGGCACUCCCAAGUGCCCAGACCCCAGCCAGCUGAGGAAAGCCCCCUCGCUCCAAUCCCUACGCAUGGGGUCAUCCUUUAUGCAGCUGAGGAAAUCGUCAUCAGUCCAGAAUUUACAGUCGUCAAAGAAGAGAGAUCGCUCCAGUGCAUACACACCUGGAGACCAACCCGGCAGCCCUGCUCUCAGUAGGGGAUUUCAGAGGGCUCUGAGUGUGGAGGAUGUGGGCUGCCCUAGCGGGGUGCGCUCGGUGGGGAGGGUGGCCCAAGCCUUCCCUGACGGUACCCUCCUGCUGGAACUUAGCAGACCCCCCAACGGACCAUUCGGCUUCCUCAUCUCCCGGGGCAAAGGACGACCAGACUCGGGUGUGUACGUGGAGGAGAUGGGCGACAGCAGCACAGAAAAGCUGUACGCGGGGCUGCUGGGAGUGGGAGACGAGCUGCUAGAGGUGAACGGUGAGAAGGUGUCUGGCCUCAGUUUGGACCUGGUGACAUGUCUAAUGACCCAGGACAACAUAGCCUCCAUCCGCGUGCUCCGACACAGGAGACUCCCCCCUCCUCGCUAGGCAACCUGAGGACCGCCGGUUACAGUGGAGACGCCAGGGUUGCGUCAUGGCAACCACAGACGCCAUGGCAACCAUCGAUGCCACAGCAACCACAAACCCCAUGGAAACCUGGGGUGUUGGGGGUAUGACAGAGGGACAGUGUGUGUGAUCGGCUUUAUGACUGUGGCUAUUUCUAUGCCCGCUUGCUUUGACAGUAGUAAUAAUGUCCACUCUCAAAAUAGAGCGGUAUUCUUCUGAAGACACGUCAUGAUGUUUGACACGAUUGGCUCACCUUUCUAUAUGGUUCACAUGGAGUUGCUAUACGAGCAGUAGCGGUCUCAUAUUUUCUCAUGUCCUGUUAUGCUCUUUGGCGUCAGGUGCUCCUUACUUGACCUCUUUUUAAAACACAGCAGUACAAACAUUUUUUUUAUCAUUACAGGUAAUGCACAAAGCUUUCAAGCAGCUCACACAUCAAUAAUACAGUCUGGUAGGAGAUUAUCUGUUAAAUACCUCAUAAAAAUCUCCUCCAGUAGUAUUCCAUGCAUCUUUAUGCAAUUAAAUCAUAUAUUUGUAUUGUGGUUAUUGGUUUAGUCAGAAACCAGACCUGGAUUUGUGUGGGUUAGCAAGAGGAGACAUGAAGCAUCUCAAAAGUGAUACCAUUGAAACAAACCUAACAGUUGGCAGUCUCUUCGAGUCAAAGAUGCUAAUUCUAACCGAAAAAGAAGACAGAGUUUUUCUGUCUUGGACUAGUAAUAAACAUAGUCUUGGAUAUGAACUGAAGCACUAUGGGGAUGAAGUACUCUGGAUAGCAUAGAGUAGAUUAAGUGUUACAGGAAAUGAAGGAGUCGAUGUCUUGAGUUCUGAAGUCUGAUUAAGAAUAAGUAUAAUUUCUCUAUAGUCUUUUCCAAUGGUGUGUCCUGUUUACUGCAAUAGCUACAAGGAACUAGCCCAGGUGCCAGUCUAGUUGUGCUUUAACCAGCUUGUCUUUGACAAUGUUUGUGUUGUUGAAUGCAGAAAAAGUCAGGCACCCAGGCUAAAAAGGUAAGACUUACUCCAAAGAAUGGGAUGAGAAUAAGGUGUCACAACUAACUACAUUUUGUCAAUUGUCACAGUAAUAACGAACUUGAAAAUGACAGCGUUUCAAAACCCAACACGCAUAGCCUCAAACCCUUCCAUUUUGUUUGUCUGUCUUCCUCAGUCCUAGUGGCUCAACAACACUAUAUCCAUGCCAUCUUGAUUGUACCGAAGGAUCCUCCACUUUCCUCUCUGCUUGUGUCCGUUUGCCAAACAAAGUAGAAUCAAUAUUUGUUUACAUUUUACCAUAUAAAUGUGCAGUACCCAAAUAGGAUUAAGUUCCCCUAUCAAUCAGAAAGGUACUCACGGUUGUGACUGAAAAACAUCCCCUUUUAUCAGUAGCCUGGUCCCAGAUCUGUUUAUACUGUCACACCUGAUCUGGGACCAGGCUAUCUUAUCAUCAGUCCUUAAUUAGGUCAUUCCUGGUUGGUUUACAGACACCCUGAUGUUGUCAGUCUGGGUUCUGAAUUUAGGAUUUGUCUGUCAACGGACAAAGUCCUUUCCAAUGCUGCUGAUUGUUUUUUGUUAAUGUCAUUUACAAGAAUGCAUUGAACACAAAGCAAUAACUGCCAAAGUGUUAGGUUGAUUGUCUAAAGGAAGACAUUGUAAAAGCAUAAGGUCAAACCAUUGGGUUGAUGAUAAGAAGUCAGACAGACCCAUUCAUUUCAACAGCCAAUGGUUCUACAGAUCAUUACAUGCGUGUGACUGUGACGAUAGGAAAGUAUCGACAUUUGAAGAGUCAUUCCACAUCAUUCAUCAGUAUUAAAGUGUGCAAAGAA